CUUUCUUGCACAAAGCUUGGACUAUUCAUUCAGGGCUAUCAGUAUGUCUACAAGCCAAAGUUAUGAUGCAAAUGUUGAUGGCGUUGAGAUACCAAUCGCGAUGACUGGUGCCGCGUCACUGUCUAGUGCGAUAGCAAGUUUGAAAAGCUAUGAUGCACCAGAGCCCGGGGAGGAGACCACAACACAGGCUGCACUGGAGGAGGACGUGCCCCCCGAAGGUUCUCAACUUGUUAUUCAAACCCUGUAUGAAGGACCGGCAAAAUGCCACUGUUGCAAGAACUGGGUUGAGGAAUAUCCCGAUGACCUGCGUAUGGCGGUGGAAGAUCAACCCGAGACCAAACGGAAGGCUUUUGUGGUACGCAUGGGCAAGAACCAUGAUGGUGAAAAGCCACUUGUCCUGGAUUCUAUCGUCGUGCAGAGUCCGUCAUUGAAGAAGACGCUGGGCGAGGUCUUUUCUGGGUUCGCAGGCAUCACUGCAUCAUUGAAAAAGCUGGUCUUCAAGGCCCCAUUCCACCCCUUUUAUAAUCGAUGGAAGCUUUUCUCUGAGAUCCUCGAGCGACAGAAGCGGGAAGAUCCAGAUGCUGCUGCCUAUACGCAAUUACUCUAUGAUGUGCUCAACAGCGAAUUGAAGGAUGAUAUGGAUGAGAUUGAGGACCAUGUUAGCCACGGCGUGAUCACCUACCGGCUACUCUGGGCCCUCUUUGAGCCUGGUAGCCGGAUAGUAACUGCCCCAAUGCUGGACGAACGUUUUCUAAUUGUCGAGAGCACUCAAUAUGAUUCAAAUGAAGGAUAUUUCGGAGUUCAUGCGAAAGGGAUUGACUGGGACGGGAAGGAGUUCGGAUAUGCCAACGCCAUGCUUCCUAUUUUCCAGUUCAGUGGUACUCGUCGUAUCAACGAACUUCUUGUUUUCCCAGAGUCGUUCCACUCCUCCAUAGACAAGGCUAGGUUGAAUGCCAUUUCCCGGGGUCGAAUAUUCCAAAAGCUUCACGGCAUUCAUUACAGGGCAUACUCGGGAGCAAUGCUGUUGAAAAAUGGGAACACGAACGCAGAGCGUAAUGUCGACGGUCGCAUUAUCAUAGACGCUGCCUCUUAUCUGGAUGCUAAUCCUGAUGAGAACAGAGGCCUGGUUGCUCUCGAUGAUAACUCUAUGAUGCCCACACUUCAUAUUUCAGAUGAUGGUCAUGCAGAUGUCUACGAUAAUUUCGAUGAUUUCAAUACUCGGCGACCAGACAAAUCCGGAAAACAAAUUCGAGAACUCACCGAUGAGCAGCUUCUUCUGUGUAGCCCGCACGUUAGAGGCUACUCACUCAAGCUGAAGAAAUGGGGCAUGUUCGAAGUGACGAAAAUCACGUCCAUCAUAUGGAAUAACGAUGCAUUCUCCCAUCUGAUGCUCCCAACCGGUUAUAAGAACCUGAUACUUUCUUUUGUAGAGGGCCAAGCGACCAGCAAGAAAGCUUUUGACGAUGUGAUUAAAGGCAAAGGACUUGGCAUUCUGAUGCUUCUGGUCGGGUCGCCUGGGACAGGCAAGACACUUACUGGUGAGGCGGUUGCGGAUCGAGUGCAGAAGCCUCUUUAUAUGUUGAGCGCCGGAGAGCUGGGCCAAAGUGCCGAAGAUAUUGAAAACCGCCUCACUGAUAUCCUACAACUUACCGAAAAGUGGAAUGCAGUCCUUUUAUUUGACGAGUGUGAUGUCUUUCUUCAGGAGCGGUCUAUUCAACACCUGGCACACAAUGAGAUCGUUGCAGUAUUUCUUCGAUUGCUAGAAUACUACCGUGGGAUCCUGAUAAUGACUUCCAACCGUGCUGAUAUUAUCGACCGUGCCUUUAAGAGUAGGAUCCACUUGAUUCUCCAUUACCCGGAGCUUGUCCCUCAGGCGAAGGAACAGAUUUGGAGACAGUUUGUUCAUCGGUCCAACAGUCAAAAUAUUCUAACGGACGAUGAGUACAGUCGGCUGGGGGCGCUACCUAUGAAUGGACGGCAGAUAAAAAAUGUCGUUCAGAUUGCUACUCUCCUUGCUGGCCAGGAACGGACUGUAUUGGGGAUUGAUCAAAUUCGGAUUGUCUUGCAGGCGACAAAAGAGGUUGAUAAUGAGGGGAUCUAG